UGUCAAUCUUUUCAGUUGUCAAAAUUAUUAUAUAUUGUGAAAUGCUCAUGUUUUUCAAAUAAAAAAUAAUUUUUGAUCAACUAAUGUUUUCUAUAUAAUGAAAAAAAAAUCGAAACGCAUUAUUCUAAGAAAUACUAAUUAAUGAAUGUUGUCUAAAAUAAUUCAUUGUCAGAAUUUACAAAGAUUAGUAGAAAUAUGCCGGCAGCUACUUUAGGUAGCCUUGCACAUCCGAAUAAUGAAGAUUGCGGUAUUCGAGACGUAUGGGCUCAUAAUUUGGAAGAAGAAUUUCGAACAAUACGACAAAUCGUGCAGAAAUAUCAAUAUGUAGCUAUGGAUACUGAGUUUCCCGGUGUAGUAGCUAGACCUAUUGGAGAAUUUCGCAGUUCAGCUGAUUAUCAAUACCAAAUGUUGCGGUGUAAUGUAGAUUUAUUGAGAAUAAUACAAUUGGGGCUCACGUUUCUCGAUGAUAAUGGAAAAACCCCGGGAGGUGUAUACACAACGUGGCAAUUCAAUUUUAAAUUCAAUCUUCACGAGGAUAUGUACGCACAGGACAGUAUCGAUUUAUUACAAAACUCUGGGAUCCAAUUUAAGAAACAUGAAGAUGAAGGUAUAGAACCACUGGAAUUUGCGGAAUUACUCAUGUCGUCCGGGAUUGUUUUAGUGGAAAAUAUCAAAUGGCUUUCCUUCCAUUCCGGCUACGAUUUUGGAUAUCUCAUCAAAUUAUUAACUGAUAAUCAUUUACCGCACGACGAAAACGAAUUCUUCGAUUUACUGAAAAUAUAUUUCCCUACAAUAUAUGACGUGAAGUAUUUAAUGAAAUCUUGUAAAAAUUUGAAAGGGGGGUUACAAGAAGUAGCGGAACAACUAGAAUUGGAGAGGAUAGGACCCCAACAUCAAGCAGGAUCGGAUUCCCUUUUAACAGGAAUGGCUUUUUUCAAAAUGAAAGAGAUGUUUUUCGAAGAUACUAUCGACGAUUCGAAAUUUUCGGGUCAUCUGUACGGACUCGGUACUUCUUUCGCAGUAAACGGUACCACUAACAAUUAUUCAAACGACAAUGGUGACACGACGAACUCUUCAUGAAACUUACUUGUCCGUUGUCUUUUGAAAUUGUUGAAUAUAACGUGGCAAAAAAAUUAAUGUGACUCAUAUUUCUGAAAAAAAAAACAA